AUGACCGUCAAUCACUUGUGGAAAGAAACACCCCUCAUAUAUUCAAGUCAUCUUUCAGAGAUCACUGGUGCCGCUGUGUACCUCAAACUUGAGAAUUUGCAUCCCAGUCAUUCGUUCAAAUACAGAGGGAUUUCUCAUUUCAUCCAGAAAGCAAAAAAGGAUCUAGGUCCUGAUGUCCAUGUUGUGAUCGCAUCGGGAGGCAAUGCAGGAUUAGCUGCAGCAUGUGCCGCGAAAUCGCUUGGGCUCAAGUGCAGCGUUUUCAUCCCAGAAGGCGUAACUGCAACUACUUUGGCUUUGCUGAAACGCGAGGGAGCAGAGGUCAUUGUUGGUGGUCGACAAUACUCGGAAGCUCUGAAAAGAGCAGAAGAACUUGUUGCCAAAGAACCCCAUGCUGUUAUGGUGCCGGCAUACAACGACCCCACAGUAUGGGAGGGACAUAGCUCCAUGAUUCACGAGAUCAGAAACCAGCUUGGACAAGAACCCGAUGCUAUCUUUUGCAGUGUAGGAGGAGCAGGACUUCUUGGAGGAAUUAUAGUAGGGUGUCAAGCUGUUGGCUGGGAUCAUGUGCCUCUUAUCGCGUUGGAAACAAUCGGUUCUGAUUGCUUCUAUUGGUCAAUGUCACUUAACGGUGGAAGGUUCAACAGCGAGAAGAAAGUAUUACCUCCAGGAGUAAACCUGGUUUAUAACGAUGAAAAUAAGGUACAUUUGGCACAUUUCACGGGCUUUUCGUCCAAAGCAUCGGGAUCGUUGGGGGCAUCUGAGCCAGCACCGAAAAUCGUCAGCAUGUCGCUCGAGCGGAAAGGUGGCGUGAAAACGGUGAGCGUACCGGACGAGUUGAGUAUGCAAACACUCGCAGAUUUCGCUCAUGACCAUAAGUUCUUGGUAGAACUCGCAUGUUCCACUACCCUUGUACCAGCGUACCACAAGCAGCUAUUCGAAAAGCUAGUGCCUGUCGAAAAAUGUACAAAGACAAGUGGCCGAGUGGUUGUAUUCAUUGUUUGCGGGGGCUUCAAGAUUGAUCUAGAGACUGCGGCAGAGUACGAGAGGUUGUCGCAGGAUGUGCCUAAAGAUCCUAGAAUGCGGUGGAAUGUCAAGUAUGAUGACGGAGAGCUGUUUAGCUUUUGA